AUGGACUACUGGAACACGGCCGAAGCAGAAAUCAAAGGGCCUUACCUAUUCAUACACUCGAGUAGUGCCGACUGCACGCUUCGGAAAGGCGCCCCCGUGUUGCUCCAUCGAAGCCAAGCUCCUUUCCGGAAGCCCGGUGACGACAGGGAAUGGGUAACAAUUACUCCCCUCGCCGUCCAGGAGUAUCACGCGAGAGGCGAGCGGCGUGAGCGGCGUGUCCCUAUGUUCGAGGGCAGCCAUCCCAGAAUCGUAAUUCCCGCGGUUCACAUUCGUAUGAAGGUCCGCAUCAUCAGAGACUUCGUUCCUGGUGUCCCUGAGUACGAUCGUAUUACCGCCAUUGGCGCCGACACACCUCUCAGGACGACAAUCUUCCGAAAAGGGGAUGUCGCCAUAUGGGACGAUUUCACAAUGCGUCCAUCCGUUGUUAUCAAACUCCGCUGUGACAUGGCCAACGAACACGGGCUCGUGAGCGACAAUCCUACCCCGAACGCUCUCAAGGUCCGCGCCAAUGGGAACUUCGCAUCUCACGUAAAUCUAGCGUUCAUCAUGGGCUUCGAUAAGGAAUUGUUUCGCAAGCCGAAAUUUCGUUCAUUGCGGCGUUGA